AUGAGACAACCAACUAACACAUUAAUACUUACAGAAUUAGAUUCAUCUUUAUUAAAUAAUCCUUCCAAUCUACUUGAAUAUAUAUCCCAACAUAACAAUAAUUUAAUAGAAUUAAUUGUAUUAAUUAAAUUCUCAAGAAUAUUAAUAAUUUGUGAAUCAUCUUCAAUUGCAACUGAUAUAUUGAAUCUAUUGAAGUCAUCACCAUUUAAUAUUAGAGUAUCUUAUAGUUUAAGAGAUAACAAGUUUAAUUUAAAUCAAUCAGAUUUAACAAUAAAUCAUUUAGAUCAAGAUAUGCAAUAUUUAGAAUUACCUUCAGAAGCAGGGAGUAGAAGAUUCUUAAUCUCACCUCCAUUAUCUCCACCUGCAGAAUGGGAUCAUUGGGAUAAAGUAGAAGAAGGUCCAAAUCAAAAAACCUUAUAUUCUCCAGAAGAAUUAUCUCAUUUAUUAUGGGAAAGAUUAGGCGGAUUUGAUAGUGAGUUUGUAAGAAGAUUUCAGGGUGACGAAGGAAUCGACCAAGGAGGUGAUCUGAUAACUAAUAAUGGAAAUAAUGGCAUAUCUAAGAGAAAGGUUAAAUUACCGUCUACAGCAAUUAAUAUUAAAAGAGAACCUGAAUUAUUAUUUCAAGAUAUAAAAGAAAAUGGAGUACCUGCUAUCAUAUUAGACACUACAAAUAAUGCAGAUAUAGAAUAUGAAGAUACUACUACCACCCUAAUACGUCCUCCAACACCGUUACCUAAAACAUCGUUACCACCACCGUUAUAG